CAAAGAUGUUGCAAACACCGAUGAUUAGUCAAGGUUGUAGAGACAGCUAUGAUGUCCUAUCGAAUAGCAUUCGUGCGAAAGAACGCCUGAGGAGUGAGAGAAAGCAAGGGACUGAGACAUGCCUUGCCGCCCAACACGGCGCUUACUGUUUCAGAACAACACGCCUAUCAUUCGUUGCAUGCCUAUAAGCUACUCAACCAACAACAUCGGAUAUACCGUACUUGACCAUCAGAGCUACUAGACCAGCUCCCUGGUUUUAUACCUAUCGCCUGUCCUAUCGGGUUCUCCCUUUCCUGAUUCCAAGAGAAAUGGGAAACAGUAUCUCCAAUCCCACAUCUACACCUCUACUCCCCGGAACCAUCGCGACCUCGUUCAACAGAAAAGGAAAAUACACCACCAAAACUCUUCUAGGCACCGGGAACCAUGGAUCUACCUAUCAUGUCACCUCUCCCACUGCAGUCUUCGCCUUGAAAGUCAUCUCAACAUCCACAGCCUCCCACCUUUUGAAAUUUCGACAAGAAGCCACCAUCCUAGCCACUCUAUCCCACCCUCACAUCAUACCACUCGAAGAUAUAGCAGGUGUUCAAGAUCCCGCAACGCAAAAUUGGAAUUCCUGUCUCAUCACCCCUCUAGCUUCCCAAAACCUGCAAGAUUUCCACAUCAAACAUUCAGCUUUGAACAUCUCAGGUUUAAAUGAAGCCAUCGCUCAAACACUAGCUUAUCAAAUGCUCUCAGCCUUGGAAUAUCUACACACCAAAGGCAUCGUCUACAGAAACCUAAAACCAACCAACAUCCUCCUAUUCCCUGGCCAAAGCAAAUCCCAAGCUAUAGUCUUUGCACUCUCAGAUUUCGGCCUCGCUGCCCAUUUCUUACUCGAAGAUUCAUCUUCCUCCUCAUCAUCAUCAUCAUCAUCAUUACAAGCAAGUGCUCGCUAUGCUUCUCCAGAAGCGCUUCUUUGUACUUGCUCCCCUGAUCUUUGGCCAAAAUCCGAUAUUUGGGCUUUGGGGAGAUUGUGUAGGGAUGUUCUGACAAGGGCUUUGGUGUUUCCGCAUGUUGAGGAAAAGGGGAUAGGGUGUUGGGGGAAAGAGACUGUGGAGUGGAUGAUGAGGGAGAGUGUGUAUGAGAGGCCGACGGCGGGCAUGUGUAGGGAGGCCGUGUGGGUUCGACGAGGGGGGAGGAUGGGGAAGGGGUUUGUGGAUGUGCUGAGAGGGGAAGAGGAGGGACAGGGUGAGAUGGAAGAUAUGGAAAUGUGAUGGGAGGUUUCGACGUGAGGGUUAGAAGUUGCGACUUUGAUACUGGUGGACCUUGGAAUAUCAGGGCUCAGAAGAGAACUUUCUCGUGAUUGGGAAGGAGCAAAUACUUCUUGUGUCGCAUGUAGCUGUAAUUGUGUUGCUCCUUCCUACUGUCAAUCUCACUCCUUGAAUCUCAAGUCUACAGCUCUCAUCAUCUUUUGAGUAUGAGACUGUCACCAUGA